AGAGAAAGGCGGGCUGGACUCAACCUGGCGGCUGGAGUCCAGUCCCAGCGCGGUGGAUCGCGGAGCACGUCCCAGCCGAGUGGCUCGCCCGACGCUUCGGGGUUGUAACUGUAAUGGGCACCGAGGGGAAAACCGGGAAGAAACUGCUGUUUCUCUUCACGUCUGUGAUCCUUGGCUCUUUGGUACAAGGCAAGGGAUCAGUGUACACUUCUCAGCCCGACGUGCAAGUUGCCGAGAAUAACUCUGUCAAGCUGUCCUGUACCUACUCUGGCUUCUCCUCUCCCCGAGUGGAAUGGAAGUUCGUCCAAGGUGACACUACCACGCUUGUUUGCUAUAACAGCCAGAUCACAGCUUCCUAUGCAGGUCGUGUUACCUUCUCGUCCAGUGGUAUCACAUUCAAUUCUGUGACCCGGAAAGACACCGGAGCGUAUACUUGUAUGGUCUCUGAGGACGGUGGCCAGAACUAUGGGGAAGUCAACAUCCACCUCACCGUGCUUGUGCCCCCAUCCAAGCCGACGGUCAAUAUCCCCUCCUCCGUCACCAUUGGGAACAGGGCAGUGCUGACCUGCUCAGAACAAGAUGGUUCCCCACCUUCUGAGUAUUCCUGGUUCAGGGAUGGGAUAGACAUGCUUACAGAUGCCAAGAAAACCCGUGCCUUCGUCAAUUCUUCAUACACCGUUGAUCCAAAGACAGGGGACCUGAUCUUUGAUCCUGUGACAGCCUUUGAUACUGGCGAAUACUACUGUCAAGCCCAGAAUGGCUUUGGGACAGCCACGAGGUCAGAGGCCGUACGCAUGGACGCUGUGGAGCUGAAUGUGGGGGGCAUCGUGGCUGCUGUCCUGGUAACGCUGAUUCUCCUUGGAGUCUUGAUUUUUGGCAUCUGGUUUGCCUACAGCCGAGGAUACUUUGAAAGAACAAAGAAAGGGACCGCACCAAGUAAAAAGGUGAUCUACAGUCAGCCCAGUACUCGAAGUGAGGGGGAGUUCAAACAGACCUCAUCCUUCCUGGUGUGACCUCCUGCGGCUCACCUGUCUCUUCUCCACUUGUCUUACUCAGGUGCUACAGGUUCCAGCCCCUGCUGGCUGUAGCUGCACAGGAUGCCUUCAAUGUCUUCUAGGUCUCACAGGACCCCUUGCUUUUAUUUUAGCUAGGAUACGGUUUUAAUAAGGUCGGCUAUUUCUCCCUCCUCUUUCCUGCUCACCAUGGCCUGAGACUAGUUACAAAGACUCAUUCCCUGUUCUGAUGUGGAAUUGGACAAGAGUCCUAGAUUAGACAGCAAAAAUGACUGGACUGACAGGAACCUGAAACCAGUACCUGGCUGUAAUGGCCUUUGAAUAAGAACUUUUAAGCCUAAUUCCCCAGUUUUCUCUUCACUUGAUGAGGAUGGUUGCCAGCUGCUCUAGAGUGGGAAUUGGAGAAAGGAGGGACUGAAGCAUUCGGUGGUGACCUCAGCUCUUUGGUCUCUGGAGCCUUCUGUCCCCACAAAAUGUGCCACUGGGAUUCUUCUCCUGGAUACAAGCAAAUUGCCAUCACGUCCGUAUGAGGUGGGAGAACUCAGCACUCUCCCAAGAGGCUUGGAGUAAGAGAGAUUUAAACUACUAAUUUAAAGAAAAGGCUGGGACUUGUAGCCGGCAGUCACUCUUCCCUUGACAGGAACAACUGCACAGACCCUUGUAAAGAUGUGUGUGAAUUCUGGAGAUGUGUGCAUUGUAGUCUUGCCCCUUUGUGUGUGUGUGUGUGUG